CCAGUAAUUGGUCCAUCGUCAAACUGCGCCAUAGCGUUUUACAAGCAGAGUUGGGGGAAUGAUUCAACCUUGCAAGAUGAAAGCAGUUCUUGUAUUUGCCUUCCUUGUUUCCAUCCCCGUUGGAUAUGGCCUCAAGUGCUUCGAGUGCGUUUCUACCAAGGAUUGGGGUGGCUGUGCUAGUGUCAGAAAAGAGGUGACUUGCGAUUCAAGUGCGGAUCGCUGUGUUAAAGGUAUGAAAGAGGGAACACAAGAUGAUGUCUCAGUCACGGUAUACAUUAAAGGUUGCGCUGAAUCAUCCGAAUGCGAUGCUGAUACAUCGGACUUUUGCAAGUCUGACACAGGAGAGGUGAAGAAGUGCGAUAUCAACUGCUGCAGUGGCGAUUUGUGCAAUGGAGGCAAAGUUCCAAUGGUCAGCGCCAUCAUGCUCUUGGCAUGCGCCCUUGUAGCUUUUCUUCGCUAAUUUUGAGAAGCUAUUCAACAGUUAGCAGUGCCACGAAAAAGUGUAGAAAAUAACGUUGAGUUACCGAUUCCACGUAGCUAGUGUUGCAUUAGGCACAUCGAGUUUUUUUAGUAGAAACUGUUCCAGUCAUUGUAAUUUCAAGCGAUAUUUUUUGCAGUAAAUCAGUCUCGUCAGUCUGUAUAUCAUUUAUUCAGUUAUUUUGUUCUCUAGUAAAACUAUCUUUUAUACCUUGGAAUGAACAUAAGUGACCUUUGAUGAAGACUCAAUCGUAUCUAAAAUAAAGGAUUUUAUUUCAAGCCCUGA